CGCUCUGUCAAAUAUUAAUAAUAUUGUCGAUCAUUCCUUCCAUUUUGAUAGUGUUCGUUCGGCAAUAUAACUAGCUACUGUCUUAAACUUACAUGAAAUAAUUAACAUAGAAUAAAAUAAGCAUUAAUCGGUAUCAAUGCUAGUAUAUAUCGGUAUAUAAAUGUAGAACAAAGAUUAUUCGCUCAUAAAUUGAUGGAAACGUCUAUUAUUAAUAAUCUUUCUCAAAAAAUAGAUUGGGUUAAAACGUGAUCAAACAAAUUAAAAUUGAGCUCGUUGUAAUAUACUGUUUUAAUAUAGAAUAUACAAGAAAUAACGUAUUCAUAAAUGUAGAUACCGUUCAUGCACAAAAACAUUGCACGAACGAAUAUUAAAUAAAUAACACUGCAUUUUCAUUACAAUUCAUCUUGUUUAUAGAGUAAAUAAAAUACGAGUUAUCUUGCUUCAAAUAAUAACGUAACAGUUGCACAUCGCUGCCAACAUCAAACGGGAGCUCACUCAUAAACAAGAAUAAAAGGCCUUUCCUCUGAUUCCUUUGAGUCUUUUUGCUCCGCCGCCACACAACCAAGAUGCACUCCACAUUAUUCGCAUCAUAUUUAUGUUUUAUUCACUUUGUUACCGUAAAAAGCGAGAAUUAUAUGCUAACGGCAUCUGGAGAUUCAGGACAAAUAGAAGACACUGCCGAAUGCGUCUUAAAAUUGUCCGCGAAAUAUUUCGUAGAGAAAAAAGCUUUAAGCGGAAGCAUCGUCAUAAUCAAUAUUAACUCUUAUGCUUCUUCGACGCAGAUGCUAUUAUUGCGCACCAUCCACAGCGGCAUUAAAUAUUCCGUUAUGGUAAAAGAUUCAUUCUAUAAGCACGCUAAUGCGUCCCAUUUCCCUGAGAAAGCUAAAAAUUAUAUGUUGAUUUUAGAAGAGAAAUCUGAGCUCGUAAGAAACAUCCUACAGCUGAAUAAGCUGCCAACUUGGAAUCCUUUAGCUAAAGCUAUUAUUUAUUAUCAACUCUUGCUAGAUGAAGAUGGUGAAACAAUUGCAAAGAAAUUUAUCAACGAACUGAGAGAAUACAAGCUUUUGAAAAGCAUUGUCUUCAUUUAUUCCCCAGACGAUGCAGGAUUGAUUUCAUACACGUGGGCGCCGUAUAGCGAUACGAAUUGUGGAGCCGAAUGCGAUUCCGUUUAUAUUCUGGAUACAUGUAAAAAUAGCAUUGUGAAGCAGAAGAAUGCUCAAAGAGAAAUGUUUCCACUUAACAUGAAAAAAUGUCCUCUUGUAACACAAGCUAUUAUCUCGGAACCUUAUGUAAUGCCACCAGUCCGCCAAUUAACAAACACUUCCUACCCCGAUGCUUACGAAUUCCAGAAAGGCGGUGAAAUCAAUUUAGUGACACUGAUUAGCGAGUUCACAAACAUGAGCCUGAUUGUGAGAAUAUCUGAUGUACCGGAAAAUUGGGGACUCAUUUACCCGAACGGGACGGCGACGGGCGCUUACGGAAUCCUACGGAAUGACUCGGUUGAUUUGGUGAUCGGUGACAUAGAAGUUACGAGGACCAUCCGCAAGUGGUUUCAUCCAACCGUGAGUUACACGCAGGACGAGAUGACGUGGUGCGUUCCCAAGUCUGCCCAAGCGUCGACUUGGAACAAUUUAGUGAUCAUAUUUCAAUGGACGACGUGGGUGGCUACGUUGCUAAGCAUAGUCACAAUGGGAUUAAUUUUUCAUUAUAUUUAUUACAGAGAGAAUGAUAGAAAAGUGACAAAACUACCGACUAAUUCGUUGCUAAAUACGUUUAGUAUGAUACUAGGUUGGGGCGCAUCGUUCAAACCAAAGACGGCAACGUUUCGGAUCCUAAUCUUCGCUUGGCUAUUCUUUGGUAUGAUUAUGAGCAUAUCGUACGAGUCGUUUCUGAGAACUUUUCUAAUGCACCCGCGAUACGAGAAGCAGAUAAGCUCUGAGACUGAUCUCAUCCAGUCCGGCAUUCCUUUGGGAGGCAGAGCGAUCUACAGAUCCUAUUUUGAGACUAAUAACGCGAGUUCGUUUUAUUUGUAUCGCAAAUACAUCUCGACGAGUUUCUCUGAAGGGAUUAAACGGGCUGCUUUGGAGAGGAAUUUUGCCGUAGUAGCAUCGCGUCGUCAGGCGGAAUAUCAGGAUCAGAAACUAGGGAAAGGAGAGCAACUGUUAUACUGUUUUAAAGAAGGUAAUAAUCUUUACAAAUACGGUGUAGUAUUGCUUGCACGGCGCUGGUUUCCUAUCCUAGAGCGCUUUAACAAUAUUAUACGCAGUGUAUCCGAAAAUGGGCUUAUAGAGAAAUGGAAUCAAGAAUUGUUUAUUCACACUGUAGGCGUGGAUGGAACAAGCAAAGUAGUGCCGCUGGGUAUUCGACAUUUAUUGGGUGCCUUUAUAUUUAUAGGUAUCAUGUACGCGGCUAGCGUUAUAGUGUUUGUAGUGGAGUUGCUUUUGAAUGUUUCAAAGAAACGUAAAGGUAAUAAGCCCAUUGCCGUUCCUGUUUAUCGAGUAAAUAUAGUUCAAGGCGAUAAUAAAAGAAAGUUGCUGUUAUCAGACUACGAGGGUGGAUAUAAUUUAUUUUCCUAGGUUAUUGGAUGAAGUUGAAUGCGACCGGUUACAGCGUGAUACUAAUGUAAUCAUUUUAAUUAUGGCUAAUUUAGGUAGUUAACUUAAGAGGCCUAAAUUACCUAGAUAUGUUAAAUAUUGCUACAAAUCACUAUGUGGAUUAUAAAAUAGUGGGUGACCUUUUUUUAAUUACCGACCGCUUUGAAGACGCAGAUGUCAAAUAAAGCAUUUUUUUUUAUUAAAGGGUAAGAUUUUACAAAAAAUAUUCCACAUUAUCAAACAUAGCUGGUUCCUACACUAGGCUAUGCCUGUCUCGUAGGUAACCAAAUCAAAAGA